AAGCCUCACGCGGUGAGUUGUGUUUUGGUUGGUGCGCGCGUUUUCUCGACGAUUUUUAACUCGCGCUCUUUAUUUUCCUUUACCAUUUUCUGCCGCGCUUUUCUCUGACGCGUUAUUCUCGAAUCGAGUCACGUCCCGGUUGAUGUGCUUCGUUCUCGAGAUAAAAGCGUACGUAGGGUUUCUCUUCUCGCGCGCGACGCGAUUUUCACAAACUGACAUUCUCGCACGGAAGUGACUGCUUGAAUCGGAUCCUCGAGUGUGAGCUGUCUUGACAUUGACUGUGAGAAAAGAAACAAAGGAAAUAACGGUGUCAACAGUCACGCGCGUCUUGCUUGGAAGUGACAUACGCGGAGAGAGGGUUCCGCAUUCACGAGUGCGCCGCGCGAUUUCGUAAGAGACACGCGAAUAGCUCGGAGAGCAAAUCGUGCGGUUCAUUCUUGCAAGGUAAAGGGAUACAUUGGGAAAGAUGUGGUGCGGCUGUUACACGAUCCGGUGAAUGCCGAGCAAGGAAUACCGGGUUGUACGGAGCGACAGGGAACGGGGAAAGGGAUGAGGCUGUGAAUACAAAACCGGUUGCAUUGAGAAGGAUCAAUAGGGGGAAGAAAAGAGGACGAGGGGAACGAAGGCUUCGAUGGAUCUCGUUUGAAAAUCUCAAAGGCCAAGGCUGCCGCUCACGAACUAAUGUGAGGGGUAGGGAGAACCGGAAGAACGAGAUAGAAAUCGGCGUAAGGAGAGAAAGAGAGAGAAAGAGAGAGAGAGAAAGUGGGAGAAGAUGAGCUAUCUGACACGUGGGUGAACUGCGAAGACUCGCAAGCUCUGGCGUUGCUGAAAGAUUGAGGAAGAGCGACGCUAAAGUGAGAAAGGCAGAAAAAAGAGGACACCUCGGACACACGUGGACGUACGUGGACGUCUUUUGCGUUCAUAUUAACACGCAAUAGUCUUCGUCCGAGAGGGCGUCCUGGAGGGUUCGCGGAGGUGAUGCUCCUGGCGAGCGGGAGUGAGAAGCCCUGUGCGGCCCUUUCUUUCUCCAGAUUCAUUGAAAAUCAAGACAGAGGACAGGGUCAGUUUCUGGCCCUCGAAUCGCUGCAGCUAAGAUCAAGGAAGCGGCCAGUGAAGAGGAGCGCCUCGUGGUGCACGGUGGUGCUCCUCUAACGGCAGCUAAGAAGGAGUUAUGGUGUCUCGCACAUGCAAUGACUGUGGCCGCCGCAGCCGUGGCACUGUGGCAUCGUGCCCACCUCUACAAGAUGCUCGCCUGCGUCGUACUCGUCCUGAUCGCCGUCCAGUAUCUGCUUAGCGGCGGUGUGCUCGACCGCCGCUCCAUCGAGACCAUCUUUACCAUCAACGCGACCAGAUACGCGGAUCGCACGUACAGGUCCCAUCAGCGCGGUCUGAUCAUAUAUGGUCCAGCGACCGCCGUGCCGAAUCCAAGCGGCAAUGUAUCCUCGACAACGAUACUCUCGAUACUGGCUCGAGUGCUCUCGAACUCGUCCAGAUCCGAACCCGCGCCGACCAGAAAUUUGGUGGUUGGCGGCGGUGGAAUCGCGCGAGAGCUUCCGGUUGCGAACGCGACCAAUAACACGACGAUACCACGAUGUCCCCUCAUUCCACCGAAUCUGGUUGGCCCAGUGGCCGUUAGUAAGUCACCGCCACCUUUGUCCGAGAUGGAGAGGUCAUUCGUGGAGGUGAAGGCAGGCGGUAGCGGUCGGCCCGCGGAUUGCGUUGCCAGGCAUCGCGUUGCCAUAAUCAUUCCGUUUCGCGACCGGCCGCAGCAUCUGCAGACUCUCCUCUAUAAUCUACAUCCGAUUCUGCUGCGUCAGCAGAUCGACUAUCAGAUCUUCGUGAUCGAGCAGGAAGGCACCGGAGCCUUCAAUCGAGCGAUGCUCAUGAACGUCGGCUACGUAGAAGCCCUGAAAGAAAGAACUUUCGACUGCUUCAUUUUCCACGACGUUGACCUACUUCCGGAGGACGAUAGGAAUCUGUACACUUGUCCCGAACAGCCUAGGCACAUGUCGGUCGCGGUGGAUAAAUUCAAGUACCGAUUACCGUACGCUGAUCUCUUUGGCGGCGUGUCCGCGAUGUCGCGCGAACACUUCCAGCUGGUGAACGGCUUCAGCAAUGUUUUCUGGGGCUGGGGCGGCGAGGACGACGACAUGGCAAAUCGCAUCAAGGCUCACGGUCUUCAUAUCUCGCGUUAUCCAGCUAACGUCGCACGUUACAAGAUGCUCACGCACAAAAAAGAAAAGGCCAAUCCGAAACGGUACGAGUUCCUGAAAACGGGAAAGAAGAGAUUUUCCACCGACGGAUUGUCCAAUUUGCAAUACGAGUUGAGCGACAAGCGAAAACCCAAGUUAUACACGUGGCUCUUAGUGAAACUGACACCGCCGCAGCCUAGCUGAUGGCUAACUUGGCUCGGCUGAAGACUCCUACACGUCACGUUUUAUCUAGUGAGGUUCGAUGCGAUUGUACGCAUCGCGAAAGCACAUCCCUCUUGCAGCUUGCCAUUCAUCAAAGAAACAAGACUAAUAAAAUGAGAAUCGUUUUUACGCGAACAGAACGUGUGAUGUUAGUCGAAAACACUUCUCGCACUAAAAAUGCGUCUCAUUUCAUCGAUGAGGAGAGGGAAUCCGAACGCGCCGGCCAUUUUUUUUAUCCCUAAUUGAGUUCUAACGAAUCACAUAUCUUUGACGGCGCAAUAAGUUAUAUUCUGCAAUCAAGUAAGUUGCAAAAGAAACAAUUAUUUUCUCAUAGUAAAUCUCUGCAUUUAAAAUCUCCGAAUAUAAAUUUUGGCGAUUUUUUUUAUUUACUAGAAAGUAAUAUAUUGUUACGACCGCCCGGUAUGGAUGUCUUCCUUGUUUGCAAUUUAGUACAGUUUGUAAUUGUGCGUUACGCAAUAAAAGCGUUACAUUUGUAUCUCGCGCGAGUUGUUAAUGGAAAACCGCGAGUUACGAGUGUAGUGUUCUUAACAAUAUUUAUAUAUUUUUUUCUUGUAUGUACAAGCAAAAGGAAGUUAAUAAGAAUAUAUAUAAUAUUGGUUUGCGCGCAUUGUGUUUCUUGGGAGGCGCAUAGAAAUGAUGGAAAUCCGAGAUGAAACAACGUUAGACGUUAGGGAUUAAAAAAAAAAGAUACUUUUCCCCGUGUUCGAGUAUUUCGCCGUUGCGUGAGGGUCUCGCUCUCAGCUUGUCCCUCCUCCCACAGUGGAAAAUGGAGGAGGGGACGUUGUUACGUGAUAUAUUUUUAUUCCUCAUAUUUUUUUAUUGCGACGAUAGGGUAGAGAAGCGAGUAGAGAGUAGCAUAUGAGCUGACGUGCCAAAGGAGUGAAUGUGCGCGUAUGUAUAUGUAUGUGCUGUUGCGAGAGAAAGAAGAGACAGAAAAUUGAGAAGACAGAUUUGCUCCAACAUAUUCAAAAAGCCGCGGGACAUGAUGUUUACGUAUACAUGCAAAGGGAGUUAUUGCUACUUCAGCAAGUUUCUGAUUUCACGGCUAAUAAUUCUAUCAAUAAAUGGAUUUUCGAUUCGCUGAUUUCUCUCUGAAAGUUAAAAAACGUUUAGUUGAAAUGUGUUACUCACAUUUUAGUCUGAAAGUUCGUGCCUUGAACUCAAAUUUGAACACACAAAGAGAGAAAAAAAAUGGCUUAUUUGCACGGAGCUGUGAAGUGUCGAGGUAAGUUUAUUUUGCGAGGGAUUGAUUUCUUGAUGAAUAUAUCAUUGCGAGCGGCUGUGUCUGUAAUGGAAAACUGGUACUUAAAUGUUCGGCCGUGAACGAGAGUAUCAGGCAUAUAAACAUGUUUACAUUUGCUCGUGUAUAUACAUUUCAUUUUUAUACGCAAAAAAAUAAAAAUGAAAAGGAUCCAAAUUGUCUAAAAAUUAAUUUUUUGUUCUUAUUUGUAUUUAUAUCGUAAAGAAUACUUCAGAAACUAAAGCUGACUAAAAUUAAAUUAUAAGUUACGGAUAGAGGAAAAAAUUUGUAUUUUUAAUUUAUUAGAUACUUGUAAAACGUGAAAAUAGUUAUAGAAGAUAUCUAUUGAAUGAAAUAUUGAAUAUAUACGCGAGCGAUGAGGUUUAAAUCCAAAAUACGCAGUCAAGACUUGUAGAAUACACCGAAGCUGCGUUUAGACAGGCGCAACACUGUUUGAUUAAAACAUGUAUCGACAAUACAGUCUUACGUUUCUUUGAUGGCGUUGCAACAAUGAUACGAAUUAUUUCCAACUUAUAUUGCCAACCCAUGUUGCGCCGGUUCUAAACCAGGCCUAACAUAUCACGUCUUGUCGUAGAAAAAUUACAUAUGAGAUUACAUCAUAUGUGGACAAGUAUACUUAAGCACUUAGGCGCAAACGGAAAGCACGGGCUGUGAAUAAUGCAUCUUGUUGCGACUGAGGAAAUACGAGGAAAAGCUUCUCGGAUUUGUUCGGUGAAGGCAGUCAAUGUCGUAUUGUAUAAAAGUCGCACAUGUGUGUACGAGGAUUCCGACAGACAAGUGCAAAUGGUAUAAACGUGUUAUAUGUACUGGGUGCGUUUGGUGCGUUCCUUUUAUUGCCGUUCCUGUGAUUUAUAAACAUUCCGAAGUUGUCCGAUGUGAAUGUAAAUCAAUCAGUUUGCAUGUUCCGUUGAGUCGCGUUCUUCCGUUAAUCUGACUAAAUCUUCACAGAUCUAACGUUUUUUUUUUUUUCAAUCGUCUAACCGUGAAUUUUCUCGCUAUAAGAUACACGACAAUUUUUUCUUAUUGGAUAAAAAUUGGAAACACACGCACGUCAGAAACAAAUCAAAGACGCGCGUUUUCAAAGAGAAAUUUACAACUUGACUUGAGAAAAGAAUAAAAUCACGCGACACAAAAUACUUUAGAUCUUAUAGAAGCGACGAGUAAUUUAGAUUUAUGAACAUCAAUGUCUUGGAUAUUUUCCUUUUCAAGAAGGAACACAUUGAUGUGCCGCGGUAUGCGGAACAGAUUAAUUUCAUGGAGAGCAUACGUAAUUUGUGUAAUAUUGGUGAAUGAAAGAUCUGUGGAGAAUGAUACAGAGUAAGCUUGCAAGUGUAGAUUUGUACUUUUGUAAAACUUAUCUUGAAUACUCUUUGUUACAUAUUUACUACUUUGCUAACGGAAGUGAAAGACAAGCGGAGCGAACGUGCGAAGGAACAACAAUUUAGGAUAUUACUCUAGAGUAGUUUAUAAGAGAAAACGUUGUACUAUAUAUAUAUAUAUAUACAUAUAUUAUUAUCGUUACCUUAUAAAGGAAAAGUACCCAAAGUAAUUUCAGAUGAGAAUGGAAAUAUAGCGAGCACGCUACGUGCAGAAUGUUCCGCGUAAAGUAAUCCCAGUUCGAGAUAUUAAAAUAUAAUAUAAGAAAUAAUUUAUUUUUUUGGACUUACGUGAUUGAAAUUUUAAUUUUUUAUAUUUUAAAGAUGCAGGAUUGAAUAAAUUUGCGCGAUGUAUUCUGUGCGUCUCACUAAUCGUCGGACAAAUUUAUAGUACGUUCAAAUUGCCGCACGAGAAUCUCGCGGAGAGAGGAAUCAUCUCGUUCUAUACAUUUUCACGAUUCUGAGAGCUUCCGUCGAGAAGAUGAGAUUUUUAUACGUACUAUUGUACAUUAUGCAGAUGAAAAGUUUUGCGUAAAUGCGGAAUGUAACUUGGGAAGACUAUGUAUCGAGAGAGAAGAACUUCCGGACUAUAUGUAUAAUCGCGAAGGUUAAGUUUUACGAUCCCUUUAUUGCUGUAUCACUAUUGUUAAGAGAUAAGAGAUCGUGUUCGGUGCGCGCGCGCAGUGCAAUUUAUUUUUUUACACACGUUACCGCGAACUGCGGUUCUCGUGCGGCGUAUAUGACUGUUGAACACCACUCUCAGCAAAAACGAAAUAGAAUUAAAACGUAAGUACCGCGUAUAAGAAGUAAAGUUUAAGUAUUUAUAUGAAGAAUAGAUUGUGCGAGAGUAAUGUCGAAAAGCGUCCGAUGGCGCGAUGUAAAAAAAAAAAAAUAUACCGUGUAAUAUAUUAUAAAUACAUCCAUAUAUGUGCGAUGCCGUCGUUAACUAGAAGCAUCAGAAAGUUUUUGGAAAAAACGGACACGAGGACGUGUUAUAUCCAUAUGUUGCUGAUAAGCAGAUUGGACCGCGCAAUGAGAUAGUGAGGAAAUAUUUUGCAAAUAUAUUCCAAAAAAAGACACACACAUGCAUAAAUAGUAUAUAUAUGUUGCUAAUAAGCUAUAUAUAUAUAUAUAAUCUUGAAACUUUUAUAUAAGAAUAUUUCUAUAAUGUUAAAACUAGAGAUCAAGAAGUAAAGACUAAUCUACACAAAUCUGUGUACACAAGGACUCGUAUAUUGAACUUGAAAAUAAAUAUUCUGAGAGUUUUCUCAAAAUAUUUGUACAACGGUUUGUUUAACACCAAAAUGAAAUAUCUUUGAAACUGUUGAGGUAUUUUGAAAAACUUUUCAGUAUAUUUAUCUGGAUAUGUAGUUACGUAAUUAUAAUAGUCCAUUACAAACAUUAAAAACGUUUUUUGAAAUAUUCGCAAAAUAUUUCCACUUUCCAUCUCUCGGAGAAGAAAAAUGUUCUCUUCUUGUGUUCAUUUUGCGUCGCCGGUCCGAUUGGCAUCUUCUCAAACCAAAAUAAUUACAGUAACUGAGACAAAAAAAAAAAAACCACAAAGUUCUAUAUCGUCUAAACGUAAUAAUCUUCGAUUUACAAAACUCGAUCGCCAAGAAAAACUUGUGAGGCUCGAUGACGAUAUAAAUUGGCUAAGAAGAAAAGCUAAAAAAUCUUAAUUACAUAAAAUAUAAAUAAUAAGUAAAUUAGAAUUAUAUCCUCGUGUAUGUUAUACUCUUGCUUCUUCUCAAUUUAUCAGAAUACCUGGAAGGCUACUCCCUUCUCACAGGUUACAUUCGUGAUGUAAUGGAACAAUAAAUUUCUGUUAAAACACA